AUGCUGCGAAGAUAUGCCACGGUAGCGUCCAAGCCUCCGUCCCGGCUACGAGCACGAGGAAAGAGACCUGUGGGCCUGGACCACUUCAUUCAGCGGCAACGCGUGUUGGCAUUGUGGAGAGACAUAGUCCGCAGUACCUCCAACAUACCCGAUGUAGGAGCACGGAAGGACAUGCGGCAAUUCGCAAGAUCAGAAUUUGAACAACAUCGCUCUGUUACCGAUCUCGGUCACAUUCGGUAUCUGAUUUCGUAUGGAAAGACGCAGUUCCAGACCAUGAAAGGGACUCUGAUCAACUCUGGAGUACUCACUGAAUAG